CCGAAGCCUUUCUUCGGUAUAUAUAAAAGACACACUAAAGACCUACUCAGGAGCUGGAAAGAAUCUCAGAUUUCUGCCCAUUGGCGGAAGUCAAAAAGGGACUGAGACAAUCAAAGUAGCUAUGAAUACUCCUUCCUGACUUCUCGGGGAGGGUUUAAGAUAUUACAAGGCUACUUGACAGGAUACUGCAAGUUAAAGUACCAUUCGAAUAAAAUUGCGCUUUUUGUAGUCACUGACUAAUUGUAUGCCGAAAAUUACCUACCUAUACUCAUAUACUCAUUAUCACUUACGUUUCUCUUUUUCUACACCAGGAACAUCUCAUCCAUUGCGGCCAAGUACUCGAACAGUGUCCGAACCAUUGUAACGCUUUCGUGCCACGCAUACGCAUGCGCACACAUCUGAAAGAGUGUCCGCGCGGCAAGUCACAACAACAGCUCAACAAUAGUCAAGAACGGCUCGAUCAAUUCGUCGAUAAUCGGAUGACGCAACUCGAAAAGGAUUUGAGCGCUUUGCGUUCGGUGCUAAACGAGGAGAUUGGCCAGCGAUUGCAUUUGAUUACAGAUGUGGGAAAUUUGCGCAAAUACAAUCAGGUUUUGGAAGAUUGGAAACAGGACGCCAGUGAAAAUAUGAAUGGCAUCAAAUCGCUGCUCAACGAAGAGAUUGUGCAACGACAAUUUGAAGUGGGUGAGGCAUACAAGGACAACAUAGCGAACUUCGAAAUGAUAAAGAAAGUCAAAGCCGAUAUACAAGGCGAAAUGGAUGUGCUGCAAAAGAAUAUCCAACAAUUAUCUAUCGAAGUGGCAGACCAUGUGAAUCACCUGAAUGACAACACCAUGAAGUUGGAAGAGAUGAUUUUGGAAAAUGAGAAGAAGAAUCUCGAUAAAUUCAUCGAAAUCGAAGAAUUUUUAAAUGUGCUCGACGGCGAUUUGAAGACCAAAUUUGUCGCCAACAGCGACUUGAAUGCCAAACAGGUGAAUAUGGAUGUGGAAGUGAAGAGCAUGAAAAACAUUGUUUGCGAAACGGAGGAGCGUUGCGAAAAAUUGGAGGGCAUAGUGAAACAAAUUGACACCAAGCUGCAUCAAACCAUGCAAACGCUAGCGGAUUUGGAGAAUCAUUUAGCGACACAACAACGACUCACUAACAUACAAAACUCGAGAGGUCACUUGGUCUGGCGCAUCAAAGACUACUCAAAGAAGCUGGAGGAAGCAAAGCAAUAUGAAACAAUACUGCAUAGCGUCAUGUUCUCGAAUAAGCCAUAUGGCUAUGCAUUGCGCCUUGAUAUACUCCCCAAUGGAAAGGGCACUUGGAAGGGCCGCAAUUUGAUUGCAUGUCUCAAUGUCAUAGCUGGCGAGUAUGAUGCGCUGCUACCUUGGCCUUGCCGCCUGCAAGCCGACAUUAUCAUACGUGAUCAGUACAGCAGCAACGAGGAGGCACAGGACUAUGUGAAAACGAUAUUGGUACGCAAAAAGAACGAUGAGUUCAUACAAAACAAUCAAUAUUUCCACAUACCACACAAAGUCGUAAUGAGCCGCAAUUAUUUGCGUAACGAUUGCUUGUUUGUGGAGGUGCGAGUGCUAAAAUGAUGUUAGACCACAAGUGGGUUUGGUAAGAAGUACUAUGUGUGGCAAACUAGUAUUUAAAGUGUAGGUUUGCAUAGGUAUUUUGAAAAGCUUUUAAACUAAGAAAAUCUUCAUAAUUGCUCAGGGUAGUUAGUACAUAAGUUAGUAUUGUAUAGAAGUUAAAAAAAUUAACAUUUCUGUGCCACAAUUAAAAAUAGUUUAGGGUACCUUAAGUAAAUUUGUAACGCUAAGUUUUUGAAGAAUUAAAGGAAAAUUACAAAAAAAAAUUUUGUUCUUUACGAAUUUAUAACACACAGUUUCAAAAAAGUAAUAAAGCAAAAAAUUCAUAGACUGGAAUCAGGAACCAAUCUCGUACCUAUCUCGUUCUGUAACCAAAUUCUGAGAUAGGGCGAUUUUCAGUCAAAUUCUGAAAUAGGGCGUUCUUCAACCAAAUUGUGAAGUAGAAUGUUCUUGAAAAAUUUUUUCAGGUAGGGUAUUUUCGAACCCGCUGCUGAGAUAGGUCAAUCUUCCACACAGCUAUCGAUAUGUGUACAUGUGUAAAAAUUUCAAAACUUACUAAACAGUGUUGCAUUUUUGGUACAAUUGCAUUUUUUGAUACAAUUUCGUUCACAAUAUAGUACUUUACUAGUACGCAAAACUUCUUGGUACAAUUUUGUGAUGAAUACUAAAGGCAUAUAAAUCUGAAAAUUGACAGGGGGGAAUUUUUUUUAUUUUCUUUUGGUUUUGACCUUUUCAAAUUUGCAUUUGUAAGUUUUAAAAAGUUUUAAAAAUGUCUCGAAUGAAAUAUAAUAACAUAACACAAGGGCUACUACCAGCUUCCAAUUCCUAAGAAAUAUUUUAAAGAAUAUUUUCUAUACUAAAUCUUAAAACAAAAUGUCGAAAUCAGCUUCAAUAGAAGCAAUAUUUUCGAUAACAAUGGAUCGCAAAUUUUAGUUUUUUCUUGUUCACCGGAUGCUACUAUCAAAUUUCAAGGUAUUCGUUGAUUCUGUAAAUCAAGUUAAUUUUUAAAUAACCUUCCGAGAUAUUUGCAAUUUGCCGUUAAUUAGCUAAAAAAGAGUGUCUCUACUUAAUCACGCAUAUUUUACGAACUAGUUAAACAAUCGUAAUACAAAAUACCGCAAAUGAAAGCUAGUCAACAUUUCUCUUCGAUAGGCCUGGCAGUUUUUGAUAAAUUAAUUAUUCGUUCGAUAUAUUUUUUUUUAAUAAAAAAAUAAAGAAAAUGCAAGC